AUAAGACUGAAACUAGAGAUACAUUUGUUAAAUACGAUAAUAUUGGAAGGCCACCGUUAUGUAAAAAGUUCACUCAACUACAUUUAGAGGGCAGUUUUGACUUUUCUACUGAUCAUAUGAGAAGCUAUCCUCUUCGUGAACACUCCGAGAGGCCUUCUUUAGUAAGGAAGUCAACGAAUUUGCAUUUGGAAGGUGAUUUGAAUUUAACACCUGAGUACCGAAGAGAAUACGUAGAUUACCAUAGUCCUGAGAGACCUAGACCUAUUGUGCCCCGGAACAAUCUGAAAACCAGCGGUUUAUUUGACAGUAGUAUCCCAGAAGAAAAAUUCACAACAAAAUUGCAGCCACUAAUACCAUUUUUAAGGGAACCUUGUGAUAGUCGAGGUGGAAGCAGACCUACCAGUGCGGCAGGCUCAAGACGUGGAUCACUCAAAGAAGACAGACUUAUUCCUACGUAUGCACAACCACAACCUAAUCUGAUCGUAACCUCAGCAAGUGAAAGUGACUUGGUACAUGCCAAAUCAGAAUAUACGCACAGUGUCUAUUUACGACCUGACACAUACAGGGAUACCAGCCGACCAAAAAGUAGGAGAGGGUCAUAUAGCUAUAAGCAACCAGAAUUUGGUGAUCAGUACGUGGGUGUUCCAAGAACCAGGAUCUGGAAGCCACAAGAUCAUUUAUCCACCCCUGGAAAGAUGGAUCCUGUCAAACCACUGUACUCUCCACGUAAACACGUGAGAAAAAAAGAACCUGUAAGGAAAGACUCGGACGAUUUUCUGUUACAAGAAAACUUUGAAUGUCAACCAGAGUACAGGAAGGCAUAUAGGGACAUUUUGAUCAGAGAAAAGCCCCCUUUGGAUCAAAGGAUGAGAGCUGUACAAAAAACUGAUAAAGCAGAAAAAUCCCAGUCGUCGGAUGAAAGCAAACCUAUAAAUGCCGAAACUACCUCACCCACCCAUAGACCAAAAACCUCAAAACUGCCUGAAGUCGUGCCUUCAAAAAGACCUCCCAUCAAACCUAGGUCAACAGCCAAACGAGAAUUGGCCCACUUAGAGCAUUGCGCUUUUGGACCUAGAACCACGACCAUAAGGCGGUCAUUGAGCUCAUCUCCUACACGGAGGGAUCACUUGACGGCAAGAGGUCACGUGACUAUAGACCGGGCCAAUAGAAGCAGGUCUCAUGGUAGAAGGAAGAAAGAGAUAGACGAGAGGGAGGCUACUAGAAGUAGAUGGCAGAGAAGGCAUGAUGUCGAGGAAGAUGCUGCUUUUGUUGUGUUGGAAAAUAAGUUUGGACAUAGAAAAAAUAUUAAACAGGCUUUGUAUAAAGAACAGAAGUGGAUGCCGGCUUGGAACUAUUCGUCGCAUUCAUCGUAGUAGAAAAAUGUUUUUUAAUUACUAACCAUAGAAAUCACCAUUUUGACCUCAAUGCCCCACUAAAAAAAAGCAUAUUUUUUCCUAGGUAGGUGUUAUUUGAAAUGUUAUUCUGCUAACUUGGCUCCGACACUGUUCCUCUUACAUAUCAACUGCCUCCUUUCCUGUGCGACCAACCAAAUCCACAGCUUUGCUACAUGCAGAAAUUCAGAGCGACAAGCCGAUCCCUGCCGGUGAGCUGGAAAAGAGAAGACUAGCGACGGCUCUCUAUGACGCAUGACCUCGAGGUUAUCACUGCUUGGGGACGCAAUAAUCUUGUACAAUUUAAUGCUUCCAAAAUACAGUAAUGUAUCUUGAUGAACAAAAAUCGUCCUAGCUCUCAUCCGCUGUCGAUGGAUGGCCGAGUUCUGCCAAAAAGCGAUUCAUUUCGGCUGGUCGGAGUCCAAAUGACGGAAGACUUGAUCUGGCACGAAAAUCGUCCUAGCUCUCAUCCGCUGUCGAUGGAUGGCCGAGUUCUGCCAAAAAGCGGUUCAUUUCGGCUGGUCGGAGUCCAAAUGACGGAAGACUUGAUCUGGCACGAACACAUUUCGUCAAUAGCGGCAGCUGCUGGUAAAAAGGCUAUUUGUUUAGGGCUAAGGCGUACUUUUCUUCGCAUGGCCUACUCACUCUAUACAAGGCCAAGAUAAGACCUAGCCUAGAGUAUUGCUCACACGUUUGGGGUGCUGCCGCCCCGACUACAUUAUUUAUGCUUGAUGCUGUCCAGAGGAGGGCUGUCCGACUGAUCGUUGACUCUUCUCUAGCGGACAGUCCUGGGACCCUCUUGCACCGGCGGGCCUUAAGAGGCAGAUUGCCAUCAUUAUUGGCUAAGUAUGAACACUUUUGAAUCCUGAGGCGCUUAUAUGUUUACAUUGCAUUGUUUGUCUCCAAAAUUGCGUAGUUUCAGUACAUACUUUUGACACUUUUCACUACCAUUUCCUACCAAGAUGACAAUGUUCUAUCAACAUAAUAAUAAUACUUACUGGUGGAAAGAUAUACCUUGAUAAGGCUUGUAACGCUAUUUUGCAAGUACCAUGCCCUGGAAUUGUCUGACACCACAAUUAUCAGCAAACACUGGCACUUUCAAAAAAUUACACUAAAAUACGAAUUUAAUGACAGAACUAUCAAAACAUUAAAUUAUGUCAAGUCCACUUUCGUCCUGACUAGACAGAUUUUGUAGAUAGAAAAUCGUAGACUUGCUUCUUCUACUACGUUGAAGGAUCCAGUCAGGAAUUACUUUGUCUCUUAAUUGUCAUAGUGUAGUGAGGAUCAAUUUGCACUUGACAAGUGAUUUUUUUGACACUUCUGUCAUUAAAUUCUUAUUUUUAGUGUUUUUUUUAAAAUGCGAGUGUUUGUGGAUAAUUGUGGUGUUUGAUGAUUUCAGGACACUGUAAUUCUUAGAUAAUUUACAAAGAGCUGCACAAAACUAAUAAAGCUAGAUGCUUCCACCUGUAAGUAUUAUGUUGUUACAAUACUACACUUUGGUACGCAUUGGUAGAUAAAUGAGUCAAAAGUGCAUAAGACAACACAAUUUUGGCGACAACAAUAAAAUGUUAACAUAUAGGCUUGCCUCCUAAUGUAUUCGACUUCCUAGUCUGAAUUCGUUAUGUAAAGGUGAUUUCUCGGGUUAGUAGUGAAAAAAAAAAUGCUUUCUUGUUUUUUUAUAAGAUAGAAUUUUAGAUGGUCGAUAUAUUACUUUGGCAAAAAAAAACGUACUGUGAAUUCGGAUAGCAUUUUAGAUGCUGUUCUUACUUAGACGAAAAAAAAGUGUGGAUGAAUGUAUGUGUUAUAC